AUGAGAUUCCUUUGUAGUAGCUUACACGGAGUUGGAACCAAUUCUAAGCCCCUCUGCGCUACGAGCUUGGCGAUGGACACACCUAUGAUUUUGUGGAAGGGAUGUUCCCCUAUGAGUUGGCACCGGGUACGCGUUGUUCACUGUGGCCAUGCUGGCUUGUUCGCUGACAACAAAUCAGAGAUACGGGACAUUGUCCCCGCCAAUGAUCAAGGCUUUUCCUACUUUGAUCCUGAGUCAGUCUCUGCAUCGCUCCAAGCGGUGCAUGAUUUGGAAACUUUGAUUGAAGAAGAUGGACCUUAUGAUGCCGUUUUGGCUUUUAGCCAAGGAAUGAUGCUUGCAUGCACACUCCUGAUGCACCUUGUUCAGGAAAAAAAGCCACUUCCUGUCAAGUGCGCUGUUUUCUUCUCGCCUCGCAUGGCACCAUUGAACUACGUGGAUCUGCAAAGUGGAGCGUUCACGGAGAUCGACGCUAAUGUGGUGACUGAUGUGAUCGAGAUCCCGACUGCCCUAGUGUGGGGCUCGCGCGACCCAUGUGCAGGAAAGGCAGUGGAGUUGAAAAAGAUCUUUCAAUCGGACACUCUGUCAACAGUUGUUCAUGAAGGCAGUCACGAAGUACCAGGAUACGCAUUCAAAGAUGCGUUGAUGCAGGCGGUGAAAGUCAUUAGAAGAACGAUCGACCUGGUUUAA